UCAGGGGUGCGGCAGACGCCCUGGAGGUCAGCAGGGCUGGGGUUAGGGGGGCAGUUGCUCUGAACGUAGCCCCCACGCUUGGAGACCGCUGCCUCUGGCUGUGGCUAUACAGGGCUGGGGACCCAUGGUGUCCUCCACACCUGGGGUGUCUCUUGGUCUCAUUUGGACCAAACCAGGCUCUUAUUACCCUGUCUCUCAGGUCAGCCAGACAGACACAGGGUCACAGGACACUCUCCCAUCCAGUCUCAGAGCAGGCACUCCUGGGGCCCCAGACCCCUGGGAAAAGCACAUUCUGGCAGUGGCUGCGUUUGAUCUCCCCACUGACCCCACGCCCAGGAGGAGCUUUCAUCCUUCCUGAAUGUUACAGGGGCCUGGAGGGGCAGGCGAAGACCUUUGGGUCCUUGCAGUUCCUUAAGCUCUCCUGGGACACGCUGUUCUCAGGGUGCUCUUAGAUGCCCUUGAUCUCUCUCAGGACUGCGCUGCCCCACGCAGGGCCACACACAGCCGCUGAGAUUCAGAUCAGUCCAAGUAAACACCCUCACUGCGUCUCUAGUGUCCACAGCCCUUGUGACUGGCGCCUGUGCCAGCCAGCACACACAGACCGUUCCCUCCCUGCCCACUGCUCUUGGACCCCACUUUUUUGGCAACCACCAUCAACCGUUGAGGAAGAGCCUGAACCAGGAGACAGGUGCCUGGGUUUCAGCAGGGGCGGGAAGCAGGCUCUCUAAAUGCAAAGUUCUGCCAUGCCUCAGCCUCCCCCAGGCCGUGCCCAUCAGGUACCUUUGUGCUGCAAAGGCCUCACCUCCAGUAGGAAGGGUUUAGAUUUGACCCCAAGACCUGCUGGCACGGUGUGACCACGAGAAGGGGUAUGGGGAAGGUUGUGGAAUCUUCCUUGGGAAGGGAACAGAACCCCACCGUUGCUGGGCUUAACGCAGAGCCCCUGCACCUUUGCCUGGACGUAGUGACUACCAGGUGGCAGGCCAGCCUGGCCUGCUCUGGGGAAGACCCAGGCCCAGGGUUGGAUGGGGGAGCCGGAGGGGUUGGCCAGCCCUGCCCCCUCUUGCAGCGCAGCUUUGAUCCCAGGGCCUGGAGGGAGGAGGGGCUCCGGUUACAGCGUUUCCCCCUCCUGUCUCCGGCCAGAGCCGCCCUUCUCCGCCCCUUGGUGACCCUCAUGGCCAGUGUCUCUGUGCUCCUGGGCGCUGGCCCCUCCCCAGCCUUCCUCUCCUCUCCCCGCCCCCUGCCCUGAGCUGACCAGAGGGGCCAGGAGGGGGAGGGGCUGGUGCCACAUGCACAGACUCAGCCCGGAACCCACCCAGCCUGAGACUUGAGCGUCUGCUGUGAGCUCCAACCUUGGGGGACAGAGGGGAGUCCAGGGGCAGAGGGCAGGGGCACUGAUCACAGAUCCGGGAGGGUGGAUGCCUGCAGGGAGUGGGGAUCGGCAGGGCCUGAGGAGGGGCUAGCGGCCACACCCCCCACCCCCUGGUCCCUCGGUCCCCAUGCCGGCCCUGAGGCCACUCCUGCUGCUGUUGCUCCUGGUUGGGCUGACUGCGGGGGCCAGCCUGCCGCCGGGGCCCGGGAGCCACCCGGGUGUGUGCCCCAACCAGCUCAGCCCCAACCUGUGGGUGGACGCCCAGAGCACCUGUGAGCGUGAGUGCGUCAGAGACCAGGACUGCGCUGCCACUGAGAAGUGCUGCACCAACGUGUGUGGGCUGCAGAGCUGCGUGGCAGCCCGCUUCCCUGACGGCGGCCUGGCCACACCCAAGCUGGCGGCCUCAUGUGAUGGCUUCAUGUGCCCACAGCAGGGCUCCGACUGCGACAUCUGGGAUGGGCAGCCUGUGUGCCGCUGCCGUGACCGCUGUGAGAAGGAGCCCAGCUUCACCUGCGCCUCAGACGGCCUCACCUACUACAACCGCUGCUACAUGGACGCCGAGGCCUGCCUGCGUGGCCUCCGCCUGCACGUCGUGCCCUGCAAGCACGUCCUCAGCAGGCCACCCAGCAGCCUCGGGCCCCCCGAGACCACUGCCCGCCCGACACCAGGGGAUGCCCUGGUGCCCCCUGCCCUCUACAGCAGCCCCUCCCCACAGGCAGUGUAUGUAGGGGGCACAGCCAGCCUCCACUGCGAUGUCAGUGGCCGCCCACCACCCGCUGUGACCUGGGAGAAGCAGAGUGACCAGCGGGAGAACCUGAUCAUGCGGCCAGACCAGAUGUAUGGCAACGUGGUGGUCACGAGCAUCGGGCAGCUGGUGCUUUACAAUGCCAGGCUGGAGGACGCCGGCCUCUACACGUGCACCGCACGCAAUGCCGCUGGCCUGCUGCGAGCCGACUUCCCGCUCUCCGUGGUCCAGCGGGAGCCGGCCGAGGACAGGGCCCCAGUGGCCGUCGCCCCAGCCCAAUGCCUGCCCACCACGCAGGCCUGUGUCGGCACCCCCUCUGGCCAGGUCCUCUGGCACUUUGACCCGCAGCGGGGCGGCUGCAUGACCUUCCCAGUUGGCAGCUGUGCCGGGGGUGCCCAGGGCUUCGAGACCUACGAGGCGUGCCAGCAGGCCUGUGCCCGUGGCCCCAGGGAUGCCUGCGUGCUGCCAGCCGUGCAGGGCCCCUGCCAGGGCUGGGAGCCGCGCUGGGCUUACAGUCCGCUGCUACAGCAGUGCCACCCCUUUGAGUACAGCGGCUGCGAGGGCAACGGCAACAACUUCGAGAGCCGCGAGAGCUGCGAGGACGCCUGCCCCGUACCGCGGACGCCGCCCUGCCGGGCCUGCCGUCUCCGGAGCAAGCUGGCGCUCAGCCUGUGCCGCAGCGACUUCGCCAUCGUGGGGCGGCUCACAGAGGUGCUGGAGGAGCCCGAGGCGGGCGGCGGCGGCAUCGCUCGCGUGGCCCUGGACGACGUGCUCAAGGAUGACAAGAUGGGCCUCAGGCUCUUGGGCACCAAGUACCUGGAGGUGACGCUGAGCGGUAUGGACCGGUCCUGCCCCUGCCCCAACGUAACGGCUGGCGACAGCCCGCUGGUCAUCAUGGGCGAGGUGCGAGACGGCGUGGCCAUGCUGGACGCGGGCAGCUACGUCCGCGCGGCCAGCGAGAAGCGCGUCAAGAAGAUCUCGGAGCUGCUAGAGAGGAAGGCCUGCGAGCUGCUCAACCGCUUCCAAGACUAGCCCGCCCACCCGGCCCGCCCUCCCCACAAACCACCCACUCCCGGCCCGCCCCACCCUCCCCGCCCUCCGCCUGAAUAAAAGCGUCCUGGACCUCA